GUAGCAAACGUAAAUAUUUACGCAGGCCAACGCAAAACUGUGCGCUGUGUUUGUUUACAAAAAUCGCUGAUGAUAUGCAGAUAAAUGUCUCUAUUUGGCAGUAGGGCAUCCUCGAUUCGUGUUGGCCGGCGCCACAUCACCGUGACUCAGCUAGAAGCGCUCAAUGUGAAAUGCUUUAAAGCCAAAUGGCAGAGGAAGUGGCCGAGUCGCCGAAUCGCAACAGGUGCUACCAGUCUAUGGGUAUCAUCUAUCAAUGGCGUGAGCUUGUGGCCGUUGACACUGCGGAAUGUAGAAAAGGCUGGAACCCAGUUCCGUUUGACCCUGAUUCCCCCCGAUCCAUCCUGGCAAACAUGGGCAAGCAAACGAGGAAGCAAAGUUCGAGGACUGCCAUGUUUGCCGGCGUCUGCCAAAACUUCUCCGGCCACGCCCACAGCGGCCAUACGCCCACAGCAUUUAUAUGCAUACGGAAAACUUGGCGGAGAAAGUGUGAGUGAGUGGGCCGCUGGCAACGGCGGAAAAGCGAAGGCGACGGAAACAGGAGGCGCAGCACUUGACUAAGUUAAUAGCGGCAGUUUCUAAUUAAAAUUUACGGGCAGCGAAAGCUGUGUGGGCACACAGUUGUCGUCAACAUAAUAGCAUCCGGUUGAAUUACACUAAUGGGUGUGUGACAAAAGGAUCUAGCAUAAGUGUUUCAAGUUUAAUUCUGAUACUAUGACUGCAUCAACCGUUUAUAUGUGGGUUAUUUCAAAGAUAAAAUCACAAUAAACAAAUUGUAUUGGAUACUAUUAGCUUGGCCUUUUGUAGACAUCAAAUGGGUUAAUCAAAUUAGCAAAGUGCUAAUAAAUGUUUGGCUAUUACAGUAUAUAAAUAAAAGCAUGUGCGCUGUGUUAACAUCCAAAAAUAGGCAAGUUUC